CUGCAGUGAGGGGACAAAGAGUCACAAAGAGACACAGGGCAGGAAGGACCUGGAAUUGAGGCUCUCUCACAGGCAGGUCACACCACUUUAUGCUGUAGAGGCAACACGACUAGGACCACAAAACAAAUGUGCAGAAGACUGAAUGAGAGCUGCUGUCCUUAUACUCUUGGAGGUCUUUCAUUCAAACCAUCCAUCAAGUGUAACUUUUUGAUAGGUUGUCUAGCUUCUUACAGCCAUCCUCACUAUAACUAAGGUUUAACUCCUUUUACCCGAUGGACUUGAAGUUGCUUCUGUUCCUAAGGACCUGAAGAAUUCCCGUGCCUCCAUAAACUUUAAUCUUAUACUUCUGCAUAAUUGUCAUCACAACUGAGUGCCAGGGUUGGACACCAACAUCUGGAGAAACUGAAAAAGAGGCCUAUAUAACUCUGUGCUGUUGAUGAGGCGUGGUCCUAUUUGUCCUUUCUGUUGACAAAAUGCAAGACGACAGUUUAGAAUCUUCUACUUCAAUAUCUCAACUUCUGAGAGAGAGUUAUUUAGCUGACACUAAACAUCAAGGGAACAGUGAAAGAAGUAGAUCAGAACCAUCUCCACACACUUUCCAUUAUGGCAAUACUUCUGGGAAUUCAGAUGAGGUAACUGCCCAAGAUGACCUUCCAGACCUCUCUGCCUUUCUGAGCCAAGAAGAGUUAGAUGAAAGUGUAAAUCUGGCAAGACAAGCGAUUGAUCAGAAUCCACCUGAAAGUAAGCAGGAUGAACAACUGACAUAUUAUCCCUCUGAUCAGCUGAAAAACUCUGUGAGAAAAGUUUCAAAUAAACAAGUGGCCCAGUCUACAGCUUUGCCAACUUCAGACAAUGCUCUGCACUCAAACUUCUGUCAUGAUCAUGUCAGUGGUUCCAAGAAGAGCUCUCAGGAUCUAAAGAAACAACAGCUUCCUUCUGAAGCCGAAUCAAAGAAAGAAUUCCUAAAUAAGGCAGCAGAUUUUAUUGAAGAGCUUUCCUCACUUUUCAAAGCACAUAAUUCAGAAAGAAUAAGACCUAGAACAUGCAAAAACUACAGGAGCAAACUUGAUUCUAAAAACAAGGAUGCUCAAAAAGGUAGCUCUAGUUUCCCAACUCUAUCAGAAAACAGAGAGAGACUUUCUAUUCCAACACCUGAAGACACUGAUAAUAACUCAGAGCAUGCACUUGAACAAACAGAUGAUCAACAAGAGGCAAACUCUGAAGCUAUGAAUCAAUUGGCAAGCACAGAGUCAGCACCUACAUCCUUCUAUUCUGAUGAGCCUAUUGGACAACCACCACGCUUUACUCAGAAACUGAAGAGCAGGGAAGUUCCUGAAGGAACCAAAGUGCAAUUGGACUGCAUUGUAGUAGGAAUUCCAGCACCUGAAGUCAGGUGGUACUGUGAGGGAAAGGAGCUUGAAAACUCACCAGACAUUCAGAUUGUUCAGUCAGGGGAUCAGCACUCAUUGGUUAUUGUUGACGCUUUUGAAGAGGACACAGGACGUUAUUCUUGCUUUGCUUCAAACAUCUAUGGGACAGACUCAACUUCUGCCGAGAUUUACAUAGAAGGUGCCUCUUCAUCUGAAUCUGAAGGUGAAAUUAGCAAAGAGGAAAUGGAUCAGGUCCAGAAACCAACUGAUGUGUCUUCGAAUGUGCCAUCUCCUGUUACGAAUGCUACCACUACCCAUCAAGAGCCACCUAAAGUGCCAUCUCCAGUGGUUCGGCCUGUGUCAAUACCUGUUCAAGAAUUCUGGUAUCUAGCAGUAGUUGCCUACACACAAGGAUGCUAUGACUGCCAGCUAAGUGAUAACACAGAGCAAAGAAUGGAAACUUUUGCUCCCAGAGUUCAAAGCCCUACUAACUAUUUGCAAGGAUUGGAUGGAAGACCCAUAAUAGCUGCUCCUGUGUUCACAAAGAUGCUGCAAGACAUUUCAGCUUCUGAGGGUCAACUGGUAGUUUUUGAAUGCCGUGUAAAAGGAGCUCCUUCUCCAAAGGUUGAAUGGUACAGAGAAGGGACGCUGAUAGAAGAUUCUCCCGAUUUUAGAAUCUUACAGAAAAAACCUCGCUCUAUGGCCGAACCAGAGGAGAUUUGUACUUUGGUAAUUGCUGAGGUGUUUUCAGAAGAUUCUGGGAGUUUCACAUGUACUGCAAGCAAUAAAUAUGGCACAGUCUCUAGCAUCGCUCAUCUAACAGUUAAAGGGCCUGAAGACAACAGUAAUACUGCUACCCUUCAUACAAUGAGCUCAAUCAAUUUAAUUGCAACUGAACAACAACCUUCCCUACACAACCCUUCACUCCCCGUGGUGGACCAGCCCCCAAAGCCUAAACUGGAAGGGGUUCUUGUCAAUCACAAUGAACCCAGGUCAAGUUCCAAGAUAGGCCUCCGGGUACACUUUAAACUGCCUGAAGAUGAUAAAGGAAGUGAAACAUCAUCUGAGGAUGGAGUUGGGUCUACAAACCAAAUCAGACCUGGCUACUUCCAAGACAGGACUAAUGGUCAGGCAAUAAAGAUACCAGAACCCACCUCACCUUCCAAAGAGCCUCCUCCAGUACUGGCCAAACCAAAACUAGAUGCCACCCAGUUACAACAGCUCCAUAACCAGGUCUUGCUGGAACAGCAGCAGUUACAUCAUUCAUCUUUUACAUCUCCAAGGGAGUUGCCAUUCAACACAGGAACAUUGAACUCUGCUACUUCAGUCAACCAGAAGCCUUCAUCAACAUUGUACAAGCAGGCCAAAGUUUCUCCUUCACAGACAUUCAGUUAUACCCGACCUAAACAGUUCCUUGCAUCCCAGAACACCACACCACCUAUCAACUCCCCUUCCAGCUCCCCAGUGCCUGCAUUCAGCAAUGUGUCUCAAGGAAUCCAAAGAGAAAAUGACAAAGAGAAUCUCAUGGGACCUCCUCAGCCAGUCCAAUCAAGGUCUCCAGGAGGGUUUACAAAUAAAACUGAAUCAUCUCCAGUAAGCCCCAAAGAAUCAGUGUCGCCUCCAUUAUUGAUCUCUAUAUCCAACAUGAACCAAUUUCAGCCCCCGAGUGUAAUUCCAAAUCCUCUCUCUCCAACCAGCCGUAUUCAGAACCCAGUUGCCUUUCUCAGCUCAGUCCUGCCUUCACUUCCAUCUACACCACCAACCAAUGCUAUGGGUCUGCCUAGGAGUGCACCAGCUGCAUCGACUCAGGGACUAUCCAAGAAAAAUCUAAAACCUCUGCAGUUAGCAACAGAUGAUUAUAUCAGAGACAAUAAAGCAGCAGUUGUUAAAGAUCUGGAGAGAAAGCUGCAUUUCAAAGAGGACUUUAAUCAACAUAGUAUUCAGCAGGAGUACAAGAUUUCAAACUUUGAGCAGAGACUGAUGAAUGAAAUAGAGUUUCGUCUUGAACGCACCCCAGUGGAUGAAUCAGAUGAUGAAAUCCAACAUGAUGAAAUCCCUACAGGCAAGUGCAUAGCACCAAUCUUUGACAAGAGGCUCAAGCAUUUCCGGGUCAUGGAAGGAUCUCCUGUUACAUUCACCUGCAAAAUUGUUGGAAUACCAGUGCCCAAGGUAUAUUGGUUCAAGGAUGGAAAGCAGAUUUCAAAGAAGAAUAACCAUUUCAAGAUGAAAAGAGAAGGAGAUGGAACAUGUUCUUUACAUAUUGAAGAUACUACAAAUGAUGACGAUGGAAACUAUACAAUUAUGGCUGCCAAUCCACAAGGGAGAAUCAGUUGCUCUGGCCACUUGAUGGUUCAAACUAUUCCUGUACGUGGACGAUUAUCAACAACUAUUCAGUCUCACAGUUGCCCUUUUGAUGUCUUUUUCAGGUUGGGUGAUAUACCGUUAUCUCCUGGUGCUGGUGCAUCCAGAGCCAAACUAUACAAUUUUACCAGGAAGAGUAAAAUUUGUUGUAAUGACAUUCAACUGCUGCUCAUCUUACCCAUCUUUAAUUUUUUUGUGUGUGUAAUUGUACAGAGCAAGAGGUUUACAUUUGCUAGGCAAAGAUUCAUUUGGUCUAAAUCACAGAAAAGAGAAUCAGAGGAUGAAAACUACAAUAUGCCUAAUUCUAUUCCUGCUUCUAUAAUAGACUACCCGUGUUAUUGUUGGCAAAUCAAUUAGGCCAAGGUUUUCAAAGUAGCUAAUGUUUGGGGGGUUCUAGAUAUUUGGUACCCAAUGGAAAUAUCUAGUACGAGCUGAGCACCCACCUGAAAAAAUGGGUGCAUUUCAUGGAUCGUAUCAGUGAUCACACC